AUGUUGAGGGGUUUGUGCUACUUCACGGAAAUGGGUUGGACGAUAAGAGCUCGACGUCCAAUAUUUCUUUCUCUUUCUCAGAGGCGCAAAUGUGGUGAUAAGCAGCGUAGGGAUCAAAUUUUGCGUGAAUCAGAGGCACUGGGUGUGUUGACCAGGAAUGCAGAUGUGCAGGUAUACUUGUCACCAGAUCUCUCCAAAAGUCUGAGAGAAGAAUUGUCUUCGGCGGAAGUGGGACUAGUGAAAGUUAAAUCAUCUGUCUUAAAGGAUCUUUUUCGCAAGGGAAGCGUUACGAUGAAGGUGGUAUGCUCCAUUAAUGCUUCGUUACAUAUCCUAUCAAAUCUGAUCACACUUGAAUUAAUGAGCAAGCAAUUGUCGAUUGAGGACCGCGGAACUCUUCCAGUAUUGGAGGUGAGCCCAAUUUUGAAUGCAAACGGCUGUGCUGUGGGUUCGGCAUUAGCAUCACCAAGAGCCAAAGUGCUGAAGCUUCGUACCACCAUCGACGACCAUAUGAUGGGUGUUAAAGUUCGGCAGAUAUCUGAACUCUUAGCCAAGGGUUACGAAGUGAUUGUCUCCGUUCGUCUUCCCCCUAAACAGAUGAAACAUCUCACGGGCACUUUGGUACUAUCCGAUGAACAAAAGUUGUCAGUCCAAAAGGUGAGCAGAAUACCCCUCCUUGCUAUCUCUUUGGCUUUUGCUGCUUUUCAGAAGUUGUAUGAGUCCAACGCGCAACGGUUCAUGAAUGCCUUCAGGGAUUGCAGCUCAAAGCCUCCCAAGUUGAUACAAAACAAAGAUUUCCAGGAAUUCACAAUAAUCCUAUGCGAUCAACAGUAA